AUUGCCUUGUUGGUAUUUUUGUAGAUUAAAGGAAGAGCUGAACGCAUAGAGAGAAAGAGGAGGCCGGCGCCGGUCGGCAUGUGGAGCCUGUACGGAUGGCUGUUCAACUUCAUCUUCCUUAUAGCAGUUAUUAGCAUCAUCGGCUACGAGUUAAUGUGCCUCACGGAUCUGGAGUUCGAUUACAUAAACCCGUACGAUUCAGCUCGCCGGAUAAACAUGGUGGUGUUGCCGGAGUACAUUACCCAGGCGGUGUUGUGCCUGUCCUUUCUGUUGACCGGCCACUGGGUGUUGUGCCUCAUCUCGGUGCCUUACCUUUACUUCAAUCUCACGCUCUACUUGCAGAGGAAGCACUUGGUUGAUGUGACGGAGAUAUAUAACCAGCUGAGCAAGGAGAAAAGCCAGAGGCUUUUCAAGCUGGGCUAUCUCGUCAUUCUAUUAGUCCUUUCUUUGUUCUGGUUGCUUUGGACCAUCGCAGGGGAGGAAUUUGAUUAAACUUUGACAAAACCAAGAUGGAGACAUAAACUGCUUGCUUGGUUGGAUACUACUUUCAGGGCUUCCACCGCAACCUGGUUUAAGUUAAGCUCUCGAAGAAACAAGCAUUUGGAUGAUGUCAAACCUUUGUCUGUCUUUUCGGUCUUAUUAGGUUAAGUCGCUUCUAAUUUGUACUCUUAUUAUAGGCGUUCCUUUUAUCCAUGAAUGGUCUUUAACCAAGCUAGUUAGAAGAAUUCGGGCCUGUUUUGUGUGUUGCUUUUGGUUUCGGAGCAGAUACUAAUAGGUUUCAAGCAAUUCCAUGAAAUUUCUUGUGGGGUGGAAGGUUUAACUGUCGAGCGGAUCUUUCUUUACUUGCGGCAAUAGAGAGAACUUAGCUUGUUGACUCAACUUAAAGUUAUGCAACUAAAGUAGGUGGGAGUUGUGGAUGUAGGAGGA